AUGCACCUCAAACUGGGUCAAUUGCAGGCUAUUGUGAUAUCUUCCCCCAAAGCGGCAGAAGAGGUGUUGAAGACUCAUGAGCUCACUUUUGCUCAGAGGCCUCGGGUUUUGGCUGUAGAAGUCAUGUCUUUCGGUCAAGGCAGCAUAGUGUUUGCACCUUAUGGUGAUUACUGGAGAGAGAUACGCAAGAUUUGUGUCCUCAAAGUCCUCAACAAUAAGCGUGUGCAGUCUUCCGGAUUGAUAAGAGAAGAAGAGGUAUCGAAUCUCAUCGAGUCCAUUUCUUCAUCAUCAAAGGGAUUUACUCCUAUCAAUUUCAGUGAGAAGAUUUUCAGCUUGACAAAUGGGAUAGUAUCAAGGGCAGCGUUUGGAAAAAAGGGCAAAGAUCAGAAGGAGUUUACUUCAUUGCUUCAAGAAGCAGUAAAACUUGCUGGAGGGUUUGGCAUACCUGACUUGUUUCCUUCAAUCAGAUCUCUUGGUUUCAUCACUGGAACUAUACCUGCAAUGAAGAAGAUGAAAAACAAGCUUGGAAAGAUUCUUGACAGCAUCAUCAACGAUCAUAAGAUCAAAACUCAAGGCAAUGAGGAAGAUUUUGUUGAUGUACUUCUCAAACUUCAGGAGUCCAUGGAGCUUGAUUUAACAACCGAUCAGAUCAAAGAUGUAAUGAUGGAGUUGCUGAGAAACCCUAGAGCCAUGAACAAGGCCCAAGCUGAGCUACGGAAACUCCUCAAUGGAAAGCCGAAAGUUGAAGAAGCAGACGUUCAAAACCUGGAUUACUUGAAAGCAGUUGUGAAAGAAACUCUGAGGUUGCACCCUCCAGCUCCAUUGCACGCUAGAGAGUCAAAGUGA